UUUUAAAGGCGGAACUUCCUGUUGCGAGUAGCCCCUCUACCUCCGGAAGAGCCGAGCGUGAUAACACCGGGCACAGAGCUAGCCGGACGUGCUCCUACCCAAGAUAUUUGUCAAAUAUUUUCAGAAGAUGGCCGAUCCUUGGCAGGAAUGCAUGGAUUAUGCAGUAACUCUAGCAAGACGAGCUGGAGAGGUAGUUUGUGAAGCUCUAAAAAAUGAAAUGAAUGUUAUGCUGAAAAGUUCUCCAGUUGAUUUGGUAACUGCUACAGACCAAAAAGUUGAAAAAAUGCUUAUCUCUUCCAUAAAGGAAAAGUAUCCAUCUCACAGUUUCAUUGGUGAGGAAUCUGUGGCAGCUGGGGAAAAAAGUAUCUUAACCAACAACCCCACAUGGAUCAUUGACCCUAUUGAUGGAACAACUAACUUUGUACAUAGAUUUCCUUUUGUAGCUGUUUCAAUUGGCUUUGCUGUAAAUAAAAAGAUAGAAUUUGGAGUUGUGUACAGCUGUGUGGAAGACAAGAUGUACACUGCCAGAAAAGGAAAAGGUGCCUUUUGUAAUGGUCAAAAACUACAAGUUUCACAACAAGAAGAUAUUACCAAAUCACUCUUGGUGACUGAGUUGGGCUCUUCCAGAACACCAGAGACUGUAAGAAUUGUUCUUUCUAAUAUGGAAAAGCUUUUUUGCAUUCCUGUUCAUGGGAUCCGGAGUGUUGGAACAGCAGCUGUUAAUAUGUGCCUUGUGGCAACUGGUGGAGCAGAUGCAUAUUAUGAAAUGGGAAUUCACUGUUGGGAUGUUGCAGGAGCUGGCAUUGUUGUGACUGAAGCUGGUGGCGUACUAAUGGAUGUUACAGGUGGACCAUUUGAUUUGAUGUCACGAAGAGUAAUUGCUGCAAAUAAUAGAAUAUUAGCCGAAAGGAUAGCCAAAGAAAUUCAGGUUAUACCUUUGCAACGAGACGAUGAAGAUUAAUUACGGCAGCCUCAUAGUCAAUCCCAGUUGCUUUUCCCCAGAUUUGGUGACUCAUCGAUGGAUAUGUGUUUUGGAUGUAUGAUAUGCUUGGUUUAGAUUCUUUGUCCAGGUUAAAAAUUUGGAACUUGUUCCUUAUUUUACUAUGACUAGGUUUGCAAGAAUUGACAUAAUGUUUGUUUCACUGAUUUAAAACAUUUUGCAUGUAAGGAUGUACUUUAGAAGACACACCCAGGAAGUAUAGUUGAUAAAUAUAACAUCAACUGAAAUAGUCAAUUAGCAAUUUUGUGUUUCUAAAUAUCUAUGGUCCCCUGAAAUUUUGACUUACUAUAUAGGUGCAGACACCCACUUAGAAAGUUAACUGUUUGGAAAAACAUUUCUCUUUAGUUUCAGAAACCAUAUAUAAUUAAAUUUGUAAGGACAUACUAAGUACCCUAUGCCAACGUUUUUUUCUUUGCAGAGAACCUUUUGUGUUUUAUUCUUCAGUGUUCAUAUAGCAUCUGGCCCAUUACAUGUCUGGGCAACUAAAAACAAACAUUGUGAGAAUUAAUAUUUUUAAGGUAGUAAUUCCUAGUUAUAAUAGAUACAUGAAGUAAUGAACUCAGCAUUCUGUAUUUUUCUUUCAGGUUUGAAAUAAAAAUUAUCUAGUUAAAUUUUUUAUGUUUCACAUUACCAUGCCAUCAGAUAGCAUUGCUUAUUGUGGGCAUUUCUGCAGUGAAUACAUUUUCCAAAACAGUUAAAUUGUCAGUUUGGAUUUGCUUUAAAGUCCUGUGUAAGAGAGAAGAAACUAUUUCUAUAAUACAAAGCACUCUCACCAGAUAUCUGACAUAAUUAGAUACAAUAUAACAUUUUACUAAGUUCAGUAGGUGUUUAUACUGAUUUGAUUGUGCUGGCAAAUAUACUGUAUUGUUAAUAUUGAACUAUUUAUUUUUCUCUUAGUCUUGUUAAUUAAUUAAGUUCAUUGCCGCUGGAUUCUCUUCAGCCUUUAAAAAUAUUUCUUAGUUGUCAUUGCUCUGCAGAACUCAAAUAGAAAAUUAUACUGGUUCAUAGACAUUUUUAAAGGGUUAAUUUAUUGUUCAGCCUUAUCCCUUGGCAUGUGAACAGACUACUAGACUUACUGUAGGUUCAUAUGAGCUUUGUGUUCUAAAAUGAAAAGUGCUUCUAUAAAGUUUUCAAGAUAGGGAGUGAUUUUAUUGUUGUUUAUAUCUAAUAUAUUAAAGAUGUGUGAUACUA